CAGUUGUCAAAAAAGGCACUACAAAUCUCAACUGUGAUGAACAAGCACCUGAUGAACACCUACAGAGUGCAUGGAAGUCCAGCUCGACAAAGAAGAGCAUGGGGUUGUUUGUGUCUGAAUUCAGCACUAUAGGAUUCAUUCACCUCCCGUAGGUGUGCGUUCAGUAAUAGCUCAUUUGCUGGAUGAAAUACCAGCAGUGCUUUUCAUCCCAGAAAAGCACGAGGCAGUGUAAAGAUGCUGUUCGCCAUUUUGCCUGAGGUCAGUGGGCCGUGGCGCAGGAGGGAGGAAGACGCUCUGCAGGCCAGUGAAGGGUUAAUCCCAGAUCCAGCCUUCUGCACACUAAAACCGCUGCCGCGAAAUCAGCUACACAGAUUUACCACUGGACUUGUUGAUUUAUUUCUCUUCCUAUGAAAAACACCAGCGAUUUGUAGAGAGCAGCCAAAUAUGCCCAGACUGGAAGAUAGCGGUCCUCCGCAUGGGCUUUAUUUCAUACUAGACAUGAGAGAAAAGCAGUGACGCUCCUCCUGUUUUCCUUCUCAUUUAUGGGCUUUUCCAUCAUUCUCAGCUUUCAGCCACUGAGCGAUGGAAGAAAGCGGUUCCGACAUCGAGAGGUAACGCAGGUUCCGCGGCCCGCCUGGAGUAAGCCAUAGCCUACGAAACUGCGGCCGAAUCAAAAACAAUGGAGAGACCGUCCGCCAUGAUCAGUAAAACAGGCUCUCGGUCGGCGGCCUCGCUACCUCCGGAGCCGGUGGACAUCAUCCGGAGCAUGUCGUGUUACCGGCGUGUGCGUCUGAACGUGGGCGGCCUGCCGCACGAGGUGCUUUGGCGCACGCUGGAGCGCUUGCCGCGCACGCGCCUGGGCAAGCUUCGCGCGUGCACGACGCACGAGGCGCUCAUGGAUAUUUGCGACGACUAUAAUCUGGACGAGAAUGAGUACUUCUUUGACCGGCAUCCGGGCGCGUUCACGUCCAUCCUGAACUUUUACCGCACGGGAAAGUUGCACAUGAUGGAGGAGAUGUGCGCGCUAUCGUUCAGCCAGGAGCUGGACUACUGGGGCGUGGACGAGAUCUACCUGGAGUCAUGCUGCCAGGCGCGCUACCACCAGAAAAAAGAGCAGAUGAAUGAGGAGCUGCGGCGCGAGGCUGACACACUGAAGGAGCGCGAGGGCGAGGAGUUGGAUAACGCGUGCUGCUCGGAGAAGCGCAAGAAACUGUGGGACCUCCUGGAGAAGCCCGGCUCAUCUGUAGCAGCCAAGAUAUUGGCCAUCAUCUCCAUAUUGUUCAUUGUGCUGUCUACCAUCGCUCUGUCUCUCAACACGCUUCCAGAACUUCAAGACAUAGAUGAGUUUGGCCAGAGCACGGACAACCCUCAACUGGCCCAUGUUGAGGCAGUUUGCAUUGCCUGGUUUACCAUGGAGUAUCUCCUUCGCUUUCUUUCUGCACCCAAUAAAUGGAAGUUUUUCAAAGGUCCACUCAAUGUCAUUGACCUGUUGGCUAUCCUUCCAUACUACGUAACCAUCUUCCUCACAGAGUCCAACAAAAGUGUACUGCAGUUCCAGAAUGUGCGGCGAGUGGUGCAGAUCUUUCGGAUUAUGCGCAUUUUGCGAAUCCUAAAAUUAGCUCGUCACUCAACGGGGCUACAGUCUCUCGGCUUCACGUUACGACGCAGUUACAAUGAACUUGGCCUGCUAAUCCUCUUUUUGGCAAUGGGCAUCAUGAUCUUCUCAAGUUUGGUCUUCUUUGCUGAAAAGGAUGAAGAUGACACAAAGUUCAAAAGCAUACCUGCCUCCUUUUGGUGGGCUACCAUUACCAUGACCACUGUGGGAUAUGGGGACAUUUACCCAAAGACAUUGUUAGGCAAGAUAGUUGGAGGUCUCUGCUGCAUUGCUGGAGUACUGGUCAUUGCACUCCCUAUCCCUAUCAUUGUAAACAACUUCUCUGAGUUCUAUAAGGAGCAGAAGAGGCAAGAGAAAGCCAUCAAGAGACGUGAGGCUUUAGAACGAGCCAAGCGCAAUGGCAGCAUCGUUUCUAUGAAUGUUAGGGAUGCUUUUUCCCGUGGUGCAGAGCUUCUUGAUGUGGUCAUGAUGGAGAAGGGCGAGAAGCUUCAAGACAACCAUCUCUCACCUAGUCGCUGGAAAUGGUCAUCCAAGAGAGCUGCAUCUGACACCAGCUCCAAUCGGUCAUUCAAUCAAGAACAGGGCUCCCCAGGCAAAGCCAGGGCCUCCAGCCCUCAGAGGCUCAAUCCACAGAAAUUAGAGGAAGUGUACAACCAGAUGACCAAGACUCAGUCACAACCCAACCUCAACACCAAAGACAGGAGUUCAUCCCGUGCAGGUAGCAGAAGGGAUGAGAUUGAGCUAGGUACCUUGCCAGGUCAAGGAGUUGGUCCAUUUGGGGGUCAUGAAGGAGUGGUGGAUAUGAAAAGUCUGUCCAGCAUUGACAGCUACAUCAGCUGUGCCACAGACUUCCAAGAAAACGCACGAUUCCCUUACAAUUCAGCAGUGGGCUUGUCCCUCCCAGAGAGUUCUCGUUUUUCACACAGUUCUGGAUUAUCAGGACGGGUCAGUGCUAAUCCAAGCCUUCAGACAACCAUGGAACAUGAACCCAUGCUUACUCCACCAUGUUCUGCUGCAAAGCCUCCUGACGUAGAGGGUUCACAUCAUGGUGGAAAUCUUCUGAAAACACGUUCUCUUAGAGUGAAUCAUCAUGGUUAUGGGGAUUCAAGUCCAGCUGGUGGCCUUUUAUCAGACAGCUCUGCUCCCUCAGAUCGCUCCCUGAUCAGCCCAGAAGUAUCUAUCUACACUACAGCUAGCAGCAGGACUCCACCAAAGACACCGGAGGGAGUUGCACUCACACCUACUGUUUUCACAUUUCAUGAUGCCUCUAUCAACAGGUACAUUGAUGCUGAUACAGAUGAUGAAGAACAUCUCAGAGAAAGCAGUCCAUCAGACUGUCUGCUCGGAGGUCUGGGCACCAAGCCUCACCUAAAUAUUGGCUACCAGAGAGGCACCAACCACCUGGAGGCUGCACAAAGGCUGCUCGGUCAGAACUGUCGAUUCCCAUUGGGAAGCAAUCCAAGUGGAAGUCAUGAUAACCAUUUGGCAUUCGAUGCUUUACAUAGAUGUAGAGGGGACAGAGGACGUUCCAACACCUUUGAUGAAAGCCUCUGAGACAUUUGAAUGCAUUUAGUGACUACAGACAAAAAAAGAGCACGGAAGGAGGCAAAGGCAAUGGAGAUAGUAAACCUGAAUGCUCAGUGCAGUGUCCACAGAUGUACCACAGCCCAUAUCUCUUCCUGUCUCUCCCAAUUUUUUGUGUGUUUGCUGUGUUGGUGUUAGGUAGCCUGCACUGGCAUGCCUCAAGGUAAACCGAAGCAGAUGUGACUGUUGUCAGAAUCUGACAUAAUUAAUUUUGUGCAGUCAGGUUGGAAUGGAAAAUUCAACACUGAACAGACAGAACAGAUCUGUAAAGUACAGACAGGGACAGUCAUUCACUGCCAAAGUCAUCUAGCCAUUGUCCAGAGCCCACUUUCAAGAUUAGGCUUUAGAUCAAGUUAAAGUUAUAGCCUGUUUACGAGUGCAACCCAAUCCCUAUUCCCGUUAAGAAACUAGCCUUACUUAAUUGCAGGUAUGAAUGUCUGAAUGUCUAAAAUGCCUGAGUGGGAGUGAGUGAAUGGGUUCACUAUGAGGAGAGUUGUCCUUAUGGUAAUAUGUGAUGAUUUACAUUUCUGCAUACACUCACAAAGUUGUACACAUACAGUGUAACUGAUUUAUUUUUAUAUAGACAUGAACAUUGUAGAAAUCUAGAAAUUGCACCAUUCUAUUGUGUUGGGCCAGUCAAUUGUGUAACAACCACAAAGGACAUUUACACUGUGGGGAUGCAAGCUCAUUUAAGUCAUGGUUAUUUUUUUUAUUCUUCUUUUUCAUUAAUGUCUUAUUUUAUUUAGCAUAGCACUGGGCCAAUUAUGAGAAUUUUUAUAAAGAAGACUGGCCAAAAAGUAGCAUUUAUAGUCACUAUCAGUGCUACUAGGAUUGCCAAAUCCUGGGUCAGCCUACUGAAAGUUCUGGUCAUGUUAGCACAUUACCAUUUAUGCUUUCGUAUUGUCUAAUAGAAACCAAUAUGUAGUAUGAAAUCUACUUCAACAUACACUAUAAGGCCAAAAGUAUGUGGACACCUGACCUUCACACCCAUAUGUGGGCCGUUCACAAAGUGUUGCCACAAAGUUUGAAGCACACAAUUGUCUAGAAUGUCUUUAUAUGCUGUAGCAUUAAGAUUUCCCUUUACUGGAAACUCAAACCUGUUCCAGCAGGACAAUGCCCCUGUGCACAAAACGAGGUCCAUGAAGACGUGUUGUGCCAAGGUUGGUGUGGAAGACCUCAUAUGGUCUGAACAGAGCCCUGACCUCAACCCCAUUGAUCACUUUUGGAAUGAAUCGGAAUGCUGACUGUGAACCAGCCCUCCUCGAUCAACAUCAGUGCCUGACCUCAUUAAUUCUCUUGUGGCUGAAUGGGCAGAAAUCUGCACAGAAACACUCCAAAAUCUAAUAAAAAGCCUGCCCAGAAGAGUGGAGAUUAUUAUAACAGCAAAGGGGGGACUAAAUCUGGAAUGGGAUGUUCACAAAGCACAUAUGGGUGUAAUG